AUGAACCCGCCAAACGGACUAACAGCGUUUCAUAAUGCAAACAAUGGUUUCGCAGCACCGGUGUCGGCAGAUCCAAUGUUCUCACAAUGGUUGCCGCAUCAGAGUGCAGCUGUGUCAGUCCAAGUGACUGCGCCAAAUCAGCACAUCUGGCACAACGGACAGCCGACCGGAUGGACAGCAGUGAGACCCCAGGGUCUGUCAGCCACGUAUAGGAAGCCUAAACGCGUAAGAACAGCGUUUACAACGGAUCAACUGUCGGCGCUAGAACAUGAGUUUCAGUUAACUCCUUUUUUGGCUCGACCUAGACGUCUGCAGUUAGCAGACGUGUUGCAACUAAAUGAGAGAACCAUUAAAAUUUGGUUUCAGAAUCGGCGAAUGAAAGAAAAAAAAGACAGGGUAGAGAGCCAAAGCUCUUCUGGUGACAGUUCAGAAAAUAAUGAAGUGCCAAUAAUGCACUACCCGGGCAUGGCCCCGAAUUACCCAGAAGUAACUGCGCCGAUGAAACCAAAUUUAAUGCCACAACAACCUCAAAAUUCCCAGUGCAUCUAUGGUACUCAGCCCGAUAUUCCUCCGAGCAAUAUCCCGGCACAACCCUACCAAGCCGCAGUCCAAGCUCCUGCCCAAAUAGAACCACUUCUUCCACUACCGGAGCUGCCAGUUCCAAUUGUUCCAAGUGAGAUGAACAACUUUCAAUGGCCCGAUGAAGCUGAAGAUCAACAUAUAUUAACUCCGUUGUAA